AUGCAGCUCGUCAGCGAGCUGUCAGCAGUCAUCGAAGAUGCAACUGCUUUGAACGACACGGGGACGAGCGAGCCGAUCAAGCUGGUCCUGGACAAGGCCGUUGGCAUUGAACCUCCACGACACCUUCUACUCUCCGGGGAGCCUGGAGUUCAUGUCGCUGGGAGAAUCAUCAUCAUCAUUGAAUGGGCGAAGACGCCAGAGGAGCAGGGAGUGGGACGCAACGUUCGAUUCUGGGGCGACACCACAGGCCAGGGCAAGAGGCGAUGGGGAAGGCACCUUACCAACGCGCUAGAUACGAUUAUGCAAGCUUAG